AUUUCCCAGAUUUCCUCGCGGCGGCGGCCGUAAAGCGCGGCGGUCGAACGGCCGGUUCCGGCUGAAUGUCAGUGCGGGGCUUUGGGCUGGGGAGCAAGGUGCUUGGCAGUCUCUCCACCGCCCCCGCCGCCGCUGGCUGGGCUUGAGAUGUCGCCGCGGACACCGGGCCGCUGGGCGGAUCGGACAUGAAACCGUGAGGCAGGCGACGGGGCUGGUCUGCGGACAUGUUUGGACGCUCACGGAGCUGGGUGGGCGGGGGCCACAGCAAGUCCUCCCGCAACAUCCACUCCUUGGACCACCUGAAGUACCUGUACCAUGUUUUAACAAAAAACACCACUGUCACAGAACAGAACCGGAACCUGCUCGUGGAGACCAUCCGUUCCAUCACUGAGAUCCUGAUUUGGGGCGAUCAAAAUGACAGCUCUGUGUUUGACUUCUUCCUGGAGAAGAAUAUGUUUGUUUUCUUCUUGAACAUUCUGCGGCAGAAAUCAGGCCGUUAUGUGUGUGUGCAGCUGCUACAGACCUUGAACAUUCUCUUUGAGAACAUCAGCCACGAGACAUCACUCUAUUAUUUGCUGUCUAAUAACUAUGUCAACUCCAUCAUUGUGCAUAAAUUUGACUUUUCCGACGAGGAGAUCAUGGCGUAUUACAUAUCGUUCCUGAAAACACUUUCACUGAAGCUCAACAACCACACUGUCCAUUUCUUUUACAAUGAGCACACCAAUGACUUUGCCCUGUACACAGAAGCCAUCAAGUUCUUCAAUCAUCCCGAAAGCAUGGUUCGAAUUGCCGUGAGAACCAUCACCUUGAAUGUCUACAAAGUGUCAUUGGAUAACCAGGCCAUGCUGCACUACAUCCGAGACAAAACCGCUGUCCCGUACUUCUCCAAUUUGGUCUGGUUCAUUGGGAGCCAUGUGAUCGAACUUGACAACUGUGUGCAGACAGAUGAGGAGCACCGGAAUCGGGGGAAACUGAGUGACCUGGUGGCUGAGCACUUGGACCACCUGCACUAUCUCAACGACAUCCUGAUCAUCAACUGCGAGUUCCUCAAUGACGUGCUCACCGACCACUUGCUCAACAGGCUUUUCCUGCCGCUCUACGUGUACUCCCUGGAGAACCCCGACAAGGGAGGAGAACGGCCAAAAAUCAGCCUGCCUGUGUCCCUCUAUCUUCUCUCCCAGGUCUUCCUCAUUAUACAUCACGCCCCGCUGGUGAACUCUCUGGCUGAAGUCAUUCUGAAUGGUGAUCUAUCUGAGACAUACACAAAGCCUGCACAGGAUGUUCCCAGAAGUUCUGCCAAGCCCAGCAUCCGGUGCUUCAUUAAGCCCACUGAGACACUCGAGCGGUCCCUUGAGAUGAACAAGCACAAGGGCAAGAAGCGGAUGCAAAAGAGACCCAACUACAAAAACGUUGGGGAGGAGGAGGACGAGGAGAGAGGGUCUGCUGAAGAUGCCCAGGAAGACGCUGAGAAGACUAAAGAGAUUGAGAUGGUGAUCAUGAAGCUUGGCAAGCUCUCAGAGGUGGCCGCUGCUGGGACCUCAGUGCAGGAGCAGAACACCACAGACGAGGAGAAGAGCGCCGCCACGAGCUCAGAGAAUGCACAGUGGAGCAGACCCUUCCUGGAUAUGGUGUACCAUGCCCUGGACAGCCCUGACGAUGACUAUCACGCCCUCUUCGUGCUCUGCCUCCUGUAUGCCAUGUCUCAUAACAAAGGCAUGGAUCCUGAAAAACUAAAACGAAUUCAGCUCCCAGUGCCAAGUGAGGCUGAGAAAACCACCUACAACCAUCUGCUGGCGGAGAGGCUCAUCAGGAUCAUGAACAAUGCUGCUCAGCCAGAUGGCAGGAUCCGGUUGGCUACACUGGAGCUGAGCUGCCUGCUCCUGAAGCAGCAAGUACUGACCAGCUCUGGCUGUGUCAUCAAGGAUGUGCACCUGGCCUGUUUGGAGGGUGCAAGAGAAGAGAGUGUCCACCUUGUACGUCAUUUCUAUAAGGGAGAAGAGAUUUUCUUGGACAUGUUUGAAGAUGAGUACAGGAGCAUGACAAUAAAGCCCAUGAAUGUGGAGUAUCUCAUGAUGGAUGCUUCCAUCCUCCUGCCCCCAACGGGCACUCCACUGACUGGCAUUGACUUUGUGAAGCGGCUGCCAUGUGGUGACGUGGAGAAGACGAGGCGGGCCAUCCGGGUAUUCUUCAUGCUGCGUUCCCUGUCACUGCAGCUGCGAGGGGAACCUGAGACCCAGUUGCCACUGACUCGGGAGGAGGACCUGAUCAAAACAGAUGAUGUCUUGGAUCUGAAUAACAGUGACUUGAUUGCAUGCACAGUCAUCACCAAGGAUGGUGGUAUGGUCCAGCGGUUCCUGGCUGUGGACAUUUACCAGAUGAGCCUGGUGGAGCCUGAUGUGUCCAGACUUGGCUGGGGAGUGGUCAAGUUUGCUGGCCUUCUACAGGACAUGCAGGUGACAGGAGUGGAGGAUGACAGCCGUGCCCUGAACAUCACCAUCCACAAGCCUGCCUCCAGCCCACACUCUAAGCCCUUCCCUAUCCUGCAGGCCACCUUUGUGUUCUCGGAUCAUAUCCGCUGCAUUAUUGCCAAGCAGCGCCUGGCCAAGGGCCGCAUCCAGGCCAGGCGCAUGAAGAUGCAGAGGAUAGCCGCCCUUCUGGACCUCCCAAUCCAGCCGACAACAGAAGUCCUGGGAUUUGGGCUCUGCUCCUCCUCCUCCCAGCACCUGCCUUUCCGUUUCUAUGAGCAGUGCCGCAGAGGCAGCAGUGACCCGACAGUGCAACGCUCUGUGUUUGCAUCCGUAGACAAGGUGCCAGGCUUUGCUGUGGCCCAGUGCAUAAACCAGCAUAGCUCUCCAUCCCUGUCAUCACCGUCGCCACCGUUUGCCAGUGGGAGCCCUGGUGGCAGUGGAAGCACCAGCCACUGUGACUCAGGAGGCUCUUCCUCUGCACCCUCAGCAACCCAGAGCCCGGCAGAUGCUCCCACGACUCCAGAACAGCCUCAGCCUCACCUAGACCAGUCAGUGAUUGGGAAUGAAAUGGAUGUCAACUCCAAGCCCAGCAAGAACUCAUCGGCCAGGAGCUCUGAAGGGGAGACAAUGCACUUGUCCCCUAGCCUCCUUCCCGCCCAGCAGCCCACCAUCUCCUUGCUCUACGAGGACACUGCUGACACACUGAGUGUCGAGUCACUGACCAUUGUCCCCCCGGUCGAUCCCCACAGCCUCCGAGCCCUCUCUGGCAUCUCUCAGCUCCCCACCCUGCCUGCAGCAGAUACGGAGACCCCAGCUGAGGGUGCUGUAAACCCAGAGCCUGCGGAACCCACAGAGCACUGAGUGCGCACCAGAGCUCUCCCUUUGUGUGUGCGGCCCGCUGGUAGGGACCCCCCAUGCAUUUUGUGACAGCAAGACACACUGGGAGCACCCACAAUUCUCCACGGCCCUGAAAACUGCCCUUCAUACCUCUCUCUACAAGACAACCACCAAGCACUCAUUUGCUCUGACCUCUCUCGCUGAGCAGGCUGGGAUCCUAGAGACGGCCUCCUGUGUAGAGACGAUGGCAUUGGCCACCUCAGAGGGGUCUGGGGCCCUGUCCCUGAUCCUGACCGCCGCAGGGGGCAGGACCCACUGGCGCCGUCCUUCAGGCAGCUCCUUUGUCUUCUCCCCCACAGAAGUGUGUGUGCACACAAGAAGUGGACAAGGGAACUUUGGGUAGAAGCCUGUGGAGAAGCAACCCUAGAGAGACAUCUCUUUGGGCUAUUUAUUUCUGUUUUUGGCAACAAAUGAAGAGAUUUAUUUUAAAAGAAUCUAUUUUGGAGGAGGGGCAAAAAGAAAAAGCCCUCAACCAUAAGGCUCGGAGUCACAUUAGAAGUGUCAGCUGUUAGAUUCCCUGUCCUUAGAACUUUUCCAUGGUGUUAUUCUGAAGUUGUGGGUGUCACUUCCUCUGUUUUCCUGAGUGAUUCUUCUUUCUCUGUCCCCAACUCUACAAGCCUGUGGGGUGAUGAUGUCUCUCCCUGAAACACUGAGGUACUUCCGAACAAGAUGAGAGAGACCUGAGUCCGCUCGGGUCACAUGGGUGAGAAGGCCAAGCCUCUGCUCUCGCAUGACCUGGAUGACGCCUGUUCCCUGCGCAGGACACCACCCAGACGCAGCUCCCUUCUCUCUUCAUCCAAGAAAGACCCAUUAGCCCAGUGUCCAUGACAGAAAUCAAAGGCACAGAAAGUCAUCCUCAGAUAUAAUCUGCUUCCCAAGAUGCAAGUGGAUGCCCAUCUAGGGGCCCAGCUGCAAAAUGGGUGACCAAAAGCAGAAUCCCACCCUUCCCCCUCCCUCCUACCCCAUCCUUUGCUGCUUCCACACAGUAUGAAAACCCCAUAGUUGUAGGCAUGUGCCAGCAAGGAACAGAUCUGUGCCAUCAGCCCCUCCCUCCCCUGUACUGGCCAGGCUUCGUGGCAAGGCCCUCUAUGGCUUCCUACAGAUUUGGCCUCACCCAGUUUCAGUACCCACCAAAGGCAAGCCACAAGGGUACCUCACACAUUACCAUCUGCUCGUCAUUAGACCCUGACACCCUGCUAAGCUAACUUCCCUGCAGGCCCCAAUGCUCAGUUUCCAAGAGAAAGCAGUGCUCCCUAGGAACGUAGUGGAACCCAUGUGGACUGGCUGCUCUGGUCUUUAAAAGCACUCCAGUGGGCAUGCUGUCAAAGACACAAGAUGUUUUCUAAAACAGAAGGCUGGGUCAGGAAGUCAACCAACCUUCCUUAGAGGCAGCCACUCCAAAGGCCCUGGCAAAGAAGGAUGUUCUAGGAUGCUUAGCCCCUGGGAAGAGAGGAAAGUGAUGGCCACUGGGAACAAGAGCUCUCUGGACCCCACAGCCAACCUUGGGUGUUUUUUGCUCAUUUGCAGGGAGGGGUAGACAAAGAAGCAGGCUAGCCCUGUCUUCAGCACAACUGUACACUUCGGGUUUUGAAAUGACAGUUGAUAGGGUCAGCAUAAAUGUUACACAAUUCAAGUGACUCUCUACCCUGCAGUGUGGUCUCCAGAGAAAAGCCUACAGCCACCCUAACCCACCUAGACAGGUCAGCCCUAUCCUUCUGUGACUAGCCUCCUCUUUGCAAUCCGGAAAUUUUAAGGAAGGGAAAAGAUUGUGCCCACGGUGUUCAGCAAACCCUGAAAAGGCAACUGCUGUGUAAAAUUCACCAACAAUAAGCCUGUCCCCACAGCUGGCUUUUAAGGUUGCUCCCAGAGGGUUCCUGCAGCCAGGAGCCUAGGGCAUACCUCCAAGUAAGCAAAUGUGGACUUCCUGUGAGCAGAACUGUGGCCCACUGCUGAUGAGGGAUGGGGUCCUGGAGGAAGCAACAGGACCUCAGGACUCUGAAGAAGGACACUGUCUCCCCUAGGUGUUGGUGGCAUUGGGUACAAUCCAGUCUUCAGGAGUACUCUGCUAGCUUGGCAACUGUGCUCUCCAGACAGACCUACCCAGCGAGAACCUACGGGGUCUCUGUAGAACUGAGGGAUCUGAGGUCCAGUAGGUCCCACAGCUCCUGACCUGGAGGUCCCAGAGUCAGCCUCCAAAAUCAUUACUCCCAUCUCCCAGGCCAUGCAUGCCACGUCUGCCCUGGUCUCCCUCCCUUCUGCAACUGCCCCAGGGCAGACUAGCAGAGCUGGCCUCUAACCCAUCACCUCAGCUUUGACCGUCACCAUGGCAACAUGCAGUGCUGCCUCCUCCCUGUUGAAGUCUUAGGCAGGUGGGACACUUCCCACAAGUCAGACUCAGUGUGGUUGUGAGCGCCCUCUAUGGUGGAAGUGGUGAAGAGGCUUCACCUGCUACUCUACCCACCAAACACUUGCAUUGGCAGGAGUUGGCUGACUGCAUCCUAAGGAUGGCAUUGGCUUUCUCUGUGGCCUCUGACGUGCAGUUGUAAAUAAGGCAUGGGUAAACCAAGUCUGAUCUUUUGUAGAGGCAAUAAAUAUAUUUCACACAGUCACAAUGGGCAGAAGGUUAAAUGCUCCUUCCCUCCCUCAGAGCUGAAGCUGCGAGGAAAAAAGAGGGGGAGGGGGCAGAACUGGGAAGGUCUGGCCAGGGAAGUGCCUGCUUCUGCCAGCAGGACUCAUGCUUUGUGGGGAUUGAACCUGAGGGGAGGAAUGAAAGCUAGAACUUUCUUGUAAUUUGAAACUUGGCAAUAAAAAGCAAAACCAAUGGCC